UAUGGUUGCACUAAUGAAUACGACCCUGCUCUCUGCUUCUGGUUGGUCAGGCUGGCAGACCAGAUGCGUCUGAUGACCUUCCCCCAGUGGUUUGAGCUGCUGAAGUCCGUCUUUGAGAACUUCAUUCUCUUACUGAAGAGGAUCAAGGCGACGCUGAGUGUGGUGAGGAACGUGGUGCUGGAGGCGCUGGACAGCAACCAGAAGAGCCGUCUGCUGGAGCGGGCUGCAGCGGGGGCCCUAACCGAGGCCCCAGGGACCCUUCUCAACCAGGGGGAAGCAGAACUGGCCUACCUCACCCACGAGGGCCUGUUCAUCAGCGACGCUCUCAAUGAUGCCCAGCUGCACCUGGGGGCAAGCGGAGGCCAGGUGGAGAGCUCCUCCGUGGGGCCCAGACAGGCCCAGUCACGUAUGGAUGGUUGUGGUAGUGACUCCGCCUCAGGGACCACCGAGUCGUCCUCCAGCAGGGAACACGCUUUCCAGCCAGGAGGGGGCGUCGGCAUCUCGUCCAGUGAGGACAUGAUGCCCAGUGACCUGGAGCUGGGCCGCGUGGCCAAUAACAUCCAGGAGCUGCUCUACACCGCCUCAGACGUCAGCCACGACCGCUGUGUCAAAGUCCUCAUGGCCAGAGCCAAGGAUGGCUCCCUGGAGCGGCUGAGCUCGGCAGAGUUUGUGUUUCUGUCCCAGGCGGUGGAAGGCUUUGUGAGGGACACGGAGGAGCUGUGCUGCAGACGCAGUGUGUCCCUAAGGGGGGCGCUACAGAGCCAGGCCAACCGCUUUGUCCACCGCUUCCACGAGGAGCGCAAGACCAAGCUCAGCCUGCUGCUGGACAAUGAGCGGUGGAAGCAGGCAGAGGUUCCUGCAGAAUUCCAGGACCUGGUUAACUCCAUAGCAGAUGGCAGGAUCACAUUACCCGAACGCAAACCCCAAGGCACAGAAGAAAGGAAACCAAGUGAUUAUUUGCACAUUGAUGGCCAGAAAUAUGCUGUUGUUGGGACGGUGUUACUACUGAUCCGGAUCUUCCUGGAGUACUGUCAGUGUGUCAACGACAUCCCCUCCAUCGCCACAGACAUGCUCACCCGCCUCUCUGACCUACUCAAGCACUUCAACUCGCGGAGCUGCCAGCUGGUCCUGGGGGCAGGAGCACUACAAGUGGUGGGACUCAAGACCAUCACCACUAAAAACCUGGCCCUGGCCUCUCGCUGUCUUCAGCUGGUGGUUCACUACAUUCCCGUCAUCAGGGCCCACUUUGAGACCAAGCUGACGCCCAAGCAGUACAGUGUCCUCAGACACUUUGACCACAUCACUAAGGACUACAACGAUCACAUAGCGGAGAUCUCCGCUAAACUGGUGGCAAUCAUGGACAGCUUGUUUGAGAAGGUGCUAUCUAAGUAUGAAGUCAAGGCCCCCAUGCCUUCGGCCUGCUUUCGGAAUGUCUGUAAACAAAUGGCCAAAAUGCACGAAGCCCUCUACGAGCUGCUACCUGAGGAGCAGGCGCAGAUGUUGUUCCUGAGGAUCAAUGCAAGCUUUAAAAUGCACCUUAAGAGGCAGCUGGCCCGACUCGGGGUGCACCACGAUGGUGGACCUCAACAUGGGCUGGUGGCGGUGGAUGUGGCAUUUUACACUGAGAACGUUCAGUCACUGAGGACACUUGAAAAGCUGGACUUGAACAUGGCUGAGAUCUGGGAGCAGAAGAGGUGAUGAUGGCGGUAGUAGUCGUCUUACCUACAGUGUGUGACGCCAUGUUAACCCACCCUGGAGGGAGGGGAGAAACUAACUAAUCAGAUUCUUGUUGUAAAGAGACUGCACCUGUUGCUUCACCCUCCAGCAGCCGGCCUGCCCAGGGGACCAUGGAGCUCACUGAAGCCCACCUGAAGAGGGCGCUGUCUGGGUACAGAAAGAGAGCGUAGGUCAUCUGGUAGUGUUGGUGGCCCCAGGCAGCAACGUUGUGGGACCAAACCCUGAUGCGACCUUUAUGUAGGGCAGGCAACAUAACAUGGCACCCUAUUCCCUAUAUAGUGUACUACUAGUGCGUUAUAUAGGGAAUAGGGUGCCAUUUCGGCCAUGACGUGUUUUUUUUUUAUUAAAGAGGGGCUACGACCAGACUUUUAGGACGUAACUGCUGCCUGUCACCUCAUCUCACUGUGUGCAAUUCAACUAUAGCUGAUUUAUUAAAAACAGAUGAAUAAUUCAUGAUGGACCUUGAUUGGACUGAGAUGCUGACAUGGUUCAGAACAUGUCACUUACUGGAGAACUGAUUUUUUUCAGACCUGUGUUUAAGCUAAAUGGUAAUGUAAAAAGGCAUUUAAGUUGACCACAAUCUUGACAACUGUGGUCUUGCAUCAACUAAAUAUGACGUCUUCUCUAAAUAUGUUCUCUAAAGAGAACUUCAGAUGUAGCAUAAUUUGCACUGAAUACGUCUGCAAACAAAUUCCUUCCAGCCCUCAAUUGUUACAGCAUUCCCUUCCAUGGCCCUAUAUUCAACCUUUACUAAGAUAUCUGUACAGUAAGAGUGAGCAAUUUCUCUCAACACAUAAUGAAACUUUGAGCAUUGAUAGUCAAUCUGGUUAGAUAAAUUGGUUGCAUCUACUAAUGACAGUAUGCACAAUUGUUCCCCUCUCCGUAAUGACCGAGCUAAGUCAUUCUAUAUAAAGCAUUAUCUUCCAACAAGGCUACAUCAACAAAUGGGCAGUAAACUCCACUGCAUUUGAUGCAAUAUCAGUCGUGACAGUCCUAUCCAUCACCUGUCAUAUUGCUUGUACGCAUGAACGAACAUUAGCCUCUGAUUGGUGUCUUUUUAAAGUAGUCGAGCUCCAACCAAAAUAGUCUUAUUACCCAGUUCUAUUAACUGUCUGUCUGCACUGUGUGAACAUAACACCUUAUGCAAGAGGAUCCAAUGGUAUUACAAAACACCAUCCAGUAAAAACAGUGGUCUACUUCAAAAGUGCCUACUUUUGAUAAAUAUCAAAGACUGACUUCUUUACAAUAGUAUACUGUUUGAGUGCCUGUGUAUGUAUGUUGGGCCCUCAUUGCUGCUCUGGUUAAGAUGGAUAAAGAAGUGUGUGGCAAACAGAA